AUGUCGAACCGCAAGCGACGCGCGCCAGUCGCAUCCCCGCAGCCCCCCGCCCAGACGUACCAACACGAUAUCCCCGCACCGACCGAUCAAUACAUCAAUUGGAAUGACCCAGCAGUGGCUACCGACAUGAAUUUCACCGACCCACCACUGUACGACAACUACGGCCCGACCAUGGGGACCGGCCACAAUCGCGUCGUGUCGCUGGACGGGUACAAUGACGGGACGGAGAUGUCUGGCCAAUUGGUACGACGAAACACCAACCAACAGCUUGCUCCUGCCCCGCGGCGUAGUCAGUGGGACGGAUUCGCGAGCCCUCAGCAGCAGUGGGAAACGGUCGACGACGAUGAAGAGCUGGAACAGAAAGCGGCUCUCGCUAAGAAGGAUGCACAGGCAAAACGAAAGCAGAUUCCGCCAUUUGUGCAGAAAUUGAGCAGUUUCCUCGACAAUAACAAGAACGAGAAUCUCAUUCGAUGGUCCGACGACGGGAACAGCUUCAUUGUUCUGGACGAGGACGAAUUUGCACGUACCCUGAUUCCCGAAUUGUUCAAACACAACAAUUAUGCAUCCUUUGUUCGGCAGUUGAACAUGUACGGCUUCCACAAAAAGGUUGGCUUGUCAGACAACUCGAUGAAGGCCAGUGAGACCAAGGCAAAAGCGCCCAGCGAGUACUACAACAAAUACUUCAAGCGUGGGCGACCAGAGUUACUGUGGCUGAUCCAGAAGCCCAAAAACCCACCGACCGGACCAAAACGCAAACGCGACGAGGAAAACAAGGGCGACAGCGAUGAAGACCGCAAGUAUAUCCAAGAUACUGGAGGCGGUGGAUAUGUUGAAGAGGUGGCGGUCCGAGGAAAUGAGCAGAUGGCUAUGAUCCCACGGUCAGAGUACAACAGUCUACGGGUUGAAGUUAGGGAACUUCAGCAGCAGCAGAAACUCAUUUCCAACGUCUUGACACAGAUCAAGCGCCAGAACGAAGAGUUGUAUUCUCGAGCAACAUCGUUCCAAGCACUGCACGACCGGCACGAGAACUCAAUCAACGCCAUUCUGACAUUUCUAGCAACCUUUUACAACAGGAGCCUAGAGGGUAACGCAAACGGUAUGAAUCUCGCCGACAUGUUCCCUUCUGCGCGCCAACAACCCCACGGUAACGUAGUCGACGUGGACGACUAUCCUAUGCAAGAUGCGCACAAGGCCUCACAGUUGCAGAGAAACAAGAGGCCACUCGCAAUCUUGCCCGCUCCCGCUUCCACCCAACAAGAAUACCUUGCGCCAACCACAACGGGCCGCGCCACAACCGUAAGCCCCACAACGAGACCACUGGCAAGUCCCAUCACGCGGCCGGGAAGUCGGCAACAGGGCUUGAGGCCCUCGGUGCCGCUCAAUCGCCAACAAUCUCAAUCUGCUUUUCCGGACCAACAAGGAAGAGACAACAUGCCGGGAUCACACGUCAAGACCGAAUCACCGUCCAAUGGCGCAUCUCUCCCCGGAAACGACGCAAUCAUGUCAGCGAUACAAAACGCAAACGCUAGUGCUGGACAGUCAACCAACCAGACGCCAGACUUUGACUAUGCGGCGGCUUUAUCAAACUACCAGACCCAAGACGGACAUGUGCCCCUCACUCAACAGCAACGAAACGACGUACUAUCGCAGAUCGUAAACAACACGGCUGCACAAAAUACGGAUAAUGCCCUCACCAACCCCAACCCGCCAGAAGUGAGCCGCUUGCUCGACGAUCUUGCUCAAUACCAAGCGACUCAACAACAAUUGGAAAUGCUGCAGAAACUGUCGGAUCAACAGAAUUCCAAGAUUCAGAACAUACACGACCGAAUAUUGCCGCUUAGCCCAACGGGCCGAAUUGAAGGCAUUGGCGACCAGAAUUCAUAUUUCGAUCCCAAUGGCCUCGGAGAACCUGGACAAUACGACCUAAACAUGGACAACUUUGUUCAUGACGAUGAUUUCUUCACCGACAACCCCACCAAUGCCGACGGUACACAAGCACACGUGAACGGCAACACCGUAUUACCUGAUUUCAACUUUGAUGCUGCGGCCCCUCUAGACGAGCCUACCGCGGAUACGUUCACAUUUCCAGACAUCAAUGGUGGAGACGACCCCACGCACCUUGGCGUAGGGGUCAUGGGAGAUGAUAGUACAGAGAGUAGCACCAGGGUCGAUAGCCUGGGGAGCAGUACGACGACUAGCCCAGCAGCAACAGUCGAGGAAGUAGAAGACGAGACGAGGAAAAGAAGUCCUAAGAGGCGGAAGAAGUGA